AUGACCAACUCCUGCUGCUUGCCUUGCUGCCAGCCUUCCUGCUGCACGACCACCUGCUGUAAGCCCACCUGUGUGACCAGCUGCUGCCAGCCAUGCUGCAAGCCCAGCUGUUGUGAGACUACCUGUUAUAAGCCAACUUGUGUGAUCAGCUCCUGCUGCACACCAUGCUGCAAGCCCAGCUGCUGUGAAACCACCUGCUGCAGGACCACCUGCUGUAAGCCAACCUGUGUGACCAGCUGCUGUCAGCCCUGCUGCAAACCCAGCUGUUGCAAAACCACCUGCUGCACAACCACCUGUUGUAAACCAUCCUGUGUGGCCAGCUGCUGCUCUCCACCAUGCUGCCAGCCCAGCUGCUGUGAAAACACCUGCUGGAAAAUCACCAGCUGUAAGCCAACCUGUGUGACCAGCUGUUGCUGCACACCCUGCUGUCAACCCAGUUGCUGUGAAAUCUGCUACUGCUGGCCUUGCUGCUGCCAGCCCUGCUGCUGUGAGCCCUGCUGCUGUGAGCCCUGCUGCUGUGAGCCCUGCUGCUGUGAGCCCUGCUGCUGUGAGCCCUGCUGCUGUCCAACCUGCUGUGAAACCACCUGCUGCUAGACUACCUGAUGUAAACCAUCCAGCUGCUCCCCUUGCUGCCAGCCUUCCUGCUGCACUACUGCCUGCUGGAAGCCAGAAUGUGUGACUAGCUGCUGUUGUACACCCUGCUGCAAACCCAGCUGCUGUGAAACCACCUGCUGCAAGACCACCUGUUGUAAGCCCACCUGUGUGACCAGCUGCUGCUGUCCACCCUGCUGCCAGCCCAGCUGCUGUAAAACCACCUGCUGCAAGACCACCUGCUGUAAGCCAACCAGUGUGACCAGCUGCUGUUGUCCACCCUGCUGCCAGCCCAGCUGCUGUGAAACCACCUGCUGCAAGACCACCUGCUGUAAGCCAACCUCUGUGACCAGCUGCUGCUGUCCACCCUGCUGCCAGCCCAGCUGCUGUAAAACCACCUGCUGCAAGACCAUCUGUUGUAAGCCCACCUGUGUGACCAGCUGCUGCUGUCCACCCUGCUGCCAACCCAUCUGUUGUGAAAUCUGCUACUGCCAACCCUGCUGCUGCGAGCCCUGCUGCUGCCAGCCCUGCUGCUGUGAGCCCUGCUGCUGUCCAACCUGCUGUGAAACCACCUCCUGCUAGACCACCUGAUGUAAACCAAUUCAUGAGACCACCUGGGGACCCUAGUCCUGCUGCUGUGUCUCCAGCUACUGCCAGGCCUAUUGCGCAUCAACUUUCCAACUGAACAAUGCCCAAACAACUGUCCUUGUGCCACACUAGUCUUGCCAUGUGGGCAGA